AUGCUGUUGUCGUGCUGGGCGUGGGCUGCGUUUUUGCUUUUCAUCUUCCGUUAUCUUCGACUCGUCGUCAACUUGAUUUCCAAUUGGACAUACAAACCAAUUCCCGUACCCGAAAAACCUAAUUACACCAACAAGGAUGUCACUGUCAUUAUACCGACCAUUGAGGGGGAAGGAGACAAUCUUUGCCGAACAAUAGAGACCUGCUUGGCAACACAGCCUUUCGAAAUUAUGAUUGUCACCAUCGAUGCCAGCAUAAAGAGGGCCGAGAGGACGGUUGCUGCUUUCAACACAAACAAGAUCCGCAUACUAAGUGUUGCAAAGGCCAACAAGCGCAGCCAAAUGUGCGCUGCUAUUCCCGAGGUCAUGACCAAAAUCACCAUCUUUGCAGAUGAUGAUGUAAUUUGGCCACACACCAUUCUUCCUUGGAUACUAGCUCCAUUUGAGAACGACGAGAUGGGUGGUGUAGGAACAUCUCAGCGUCUGAUGCGUCCCGAGAAGACAAGUGUCUGGAGUUUUCUUGGAUCUCUUUACCUAGAGAGACGCAAUUUUGACUGCUCUGCAUGUCUCAACAUCGACGGUGGAUUACCUUGUCUUUCAGGUAGGACGGUUGCAUACCGCACCUGUAUUUUGCAAGACGACGCCUUCACUUAUGGCUUCACAAACGAGACAUGGAGGAAUUUCCAGCUCAACGCCGAUGAUGACAACUUCAUUACUCGCUGGAUGUAUGCAUAUGGCUGGAAAAUUGCCAUGCAAUACCACAAGGCUUGUGAGGUGCAGACAACCCUCGAAGACAGUCCAAAGUACUUGAAACAGUGUCUUCGCUGGGUACGCAGCAAUUGGAGGAGCAAUUUGACGAGCAUGUUCGUUGAGAAGCAUUACUGGAAAACAACGCCCUGGACGACUUAUGCAGUUUUCCAAACAACUUUGACCGCGUGGGCUUUCACCGACCUUUUGAUCUUCUUUCUCUUCUAUAGAGCUACAGAGGACUUGUCAGCAGAUGUUAGACAGAAGAUUCUGACUACAAUCGGCAUCUGGAUCUUUGUAUUCGCAAAGUCAAUCAAGCUCUAUGGUCACUGGAUCCGGUAUCCUGCUGAUCUUUUGAUGUUGCCAUACUCGAUUCUCUUUGGUCAUUUGCAUGGAAUCAUCAAGCUUGCAGGACUGCUGACGCUCUCUGCUACAUCCUGGGGAAGUCGCGAUGGCGCAGAUGAGGAUAAUCACUACCGAAUGAUCAAACUCCCACCCUACGACACCGACGACCUCGAAGCCUCUCCUCCGUCAGCUUCGAGUUUCGCCGACUCGAUGUCAACAGCACAAUACCCUCCCCCUUACAAGAAACACGAACCCGACGAGACUUGCCCAUUGCAGGGCCACUACAGCCACGAUUUAUGA